AUGCUUGUACAUGUAUCCAGGUCGAGGGGAUCUAACCACUCCACACGCCACCAUGCGUCAGGCUCGUUUGCGGAUUCAGAUAGUGUGCAUAACACAGUGAGUUUGGGCAGUGGCGGUGGUGCGUAUGGGCUGCUGGUACAGACGCAGGGGUCUCCUCCGUCUGUGCACUGGGAAUCUGAGGACUGCAUGCCGACUGUGAACGGAGAUGGUAGUAGCAGCAGUCGGAAGCAGGUGCAUACAGGCCUUGGUGGUGGUAGGCGGAACAACCCCGGCCAAACGGGGUGUAGUAAAAAAAGUAGCAAGCGCAGUAGUGACAGUGUUAAUAGUAAUAGUUGUAUUCGAACUGCCACUACUACUACUACCUCUACUACUAUUACCGGCAGUAGCAAUAGCAGUCCCAGUGUCUGCACUAGCACAAUCCCCGGCCAUGGCCCUACCCGUACCUUCGACAGUGCCCACAGUCCGCAGACGGGCGCCAGUGCGCACGCGAGCAACGGCGACCGUAACAGCCGUAAGAGUGACACCCCACGCGACAGGGACCACGAGUAUGUACUCACAGUGCUAUACGACGACGACAAGGCCCGCCAUCACAGGCCCAUAUGCUCCUCCCACACGCAUGGAUACGGCCCCAACGAGCUGGAUACCAUCAGCACACGCGAUAGCACACGCGAUAGCACACGCGAUAGCACACGCGAUAGCACACGCGAUAGCACACGCGAUAGCACACGCGAUAGCACACGCGAUAGCACACGCGAUAGCACACGCGAUAGCACCAGGGCCACAGAUGGGCGCAGCGCGUGGGAAGCACACAGCGCCAAAGGGGAGAGUGCACGACAACUGCCCAGCGUCAAAUGGGCGGGACUACCUGACUCUGCCCAUGGCCACCACCACCACCACCACCACCAGAGCCUCGCAGCGCACGUGGACAGGCAGAGCGACCGGCAGCACUCCGGGUACAGCAGGGAGAGUGGACUGAGUUUCAGGUCGGAGUCAUUGGAAACGCUGCCAAACAUUCCGUUAGUCAUCACACGACGCAUCAGUCGAGAAGAGGUCAAGACAUCACACCCAACACCUGGGUAA